GUACGAUUUGUUGCGUCGAUGUACAGAAGGCAUUGGCUAAUCGAAUCGGACAAAGGUGGCAAUUUGUGGGCAUUCUAAGUCCUCACAGGAGUCAACACGGUGAAGAUUGGAGUCAACACGACCAAGAAGAUGUCGCACUUAGGUCUCAAAAUCUUGAAGGGACGGAAAUACACGUAGAAGAUGAACAGUGUGAAGAGGGGACGAGUCGCAACACGAUUAGCAACAAAAAGAAAGAGCCCAAGAACGCCUCUGCUCAUGAUGAGACCACGACAGACGACUCAUAUUCUUCUCCUUAUUUGGAGGAGAGUGAGAUCGUAUAUUCAUCCGAAAAUGACGAUGGCAGAGUCCUCGAAGAAGACUCACCUGGAGGACACGCACACGUUGUUGAUUUGGAUUACGUUGUUCUCGGCAAGAAAAGCAAAGAGAUCAAAAAAAAUUAAGGCAGUUCAAUAAAAUAGAACUAGAUGUUGAUUUUGAUAAUUUGAAAGACAUUCAUCAUGUGACUGUGGCUGUGGCAUUCCCGCCAAUAGCAACUUCUAACUGAGACGCUCUAUUACUGUGAAAAACUGCACAGGCACGUUCUUCAUGUUCAACUUCAACAUUUAUCAGGAGAAUUGGAUUUUGUUUUUGAUCUUGUUGAAGCGUGCUGAGACCUUCCCGCAGCCGCACCCGCUUGCAAAAUAUUUCUAAAACUAAAACAAGUUUAUAUUCCUUAUAUUCUUCAUUCAACAACUACAACAAGCUAGAUUGGCGGGGAGAAGUCGCCAGGGAAAUCUUAGGCAGAUUGCCGAAGAGAUAGACGUCGUCGCUCUCCAAUCAACCCCGGCGAUCCAAUAAUCUCGACGAUGUUUCUGAUGUUGCAUUAGUGUUUCUCAUGUUGUUGCUCCAUGCUCGUCAUAUUCUAAGAGCUACUUGAGAUCUGCUGGGAGGCUUGCAGGUAUCGCCGAUAUAACAAUAUACGACCGGAUAAUGAGUUUGAGUGGGA